AUGGGCGUCAAAGGGCUUGCGACCUUUAUCAAGGAGAACCGCCAGUCCCUCUGCCGCUCAGUCCACCUCACUGCGGGACAAGCGGAAGGACAGGAGCGGAUCCCCGUCGUGGUCGAUUCAUGGGGGGUCAUAUAUACACUUUGGCUUGCUUGUCUACCUUGGCAGUCUGGAGGAGAGUACUUGAGAUUCUACCGCUUGACUUGUAGAUUGGUGGAAGCUUGGAGAGAGGUGGGAUUGGAGCCGACCUUUGUCUUUGACGGAUCUGCGCCGAACGAAAAGCUAGAUACCCAGCUGCGCCGGCUAGACGACACACUCCGUACCGCCCAGCUCUUCUACACCACCUCUCCUGCUUCCCGCUCCGGCCCCUCCUUCUCCCGAGACCAGGUCAUCCUUCCCCCUUUCGCCUCGCACACCUUCGUCCACGCUCUCGCCGAUCUCGACGUCGCCACUCACUUUGUACCCCUAGGCGAGGCGGACGGAGAAUGCGUCACCCUCGCAGAACAGCUGGGCGGGUAUAUCCUCGGCCAGGACUCGGACUACCCAAUCCUUGUUUCCGCGCCGGGACUGCGGCGAGUCCGCGGGUACUGCCCGCUGGAGAUGAUGAUGUGGAUCGAGGAUGAUCCGGGGGUCCGGCGUAAGGAGGCCCUGCAAGAAGGGACGGGAUGGACAUCGGUUGCGCCGGUACGGAAAGAGUACGCUGGGAGAUCAUCCCCGCUUCUCCCUCCCUCGGGGAUGCGUCGGCCAAAGCUGGUCAUGACGGCCAUCUCACCUGGGGCUUUACGGACCCGCCUUCGCCUUCCCGCAGCGAUGAUGCCCCUUUUCGCUUCGUUGGUCGGCAAUGACUAUACGCCCCCGGCGGCCCCAGACCAUUUCUUCCAGCCCGGCUCGACUCACAUUGCCAAGAUCGAAAAGGUCGCUCGUACCAUUCGCGAAGUCGUCUUUGCGACGCAACAACAGCCUUCGGUAUCAGGGAGCAAUGCGGGCGAUAAUGCCGUCGAGCUCGUACGGACCAUCAUCUCCAAACUCGCCUGGAAGCCCUUUGUCAGCGACGGCGUGAUGUUUGCGCUGGUCGAGGCGAUCAUCAAGGCGACGUUCCAGUACAUCCUUCCUGUCGGUUGGGUAUGCUGUGGCGUCUAUCCAUUCUGCGGGGAACUGGACAAGGGGAAGAUGUAUGCGAUGGGGCAAAGGAAGGGUAUCAUGCAGAGUAUGACGCAUGCGUGGCUCUACCCGGAUAGAGUCAUGCUGUGGUCGGUGUUGGAGGACCCGUCGGGACCGAGUCUGAAGGCGACGGUGGGAAUGAGGGGGGUUAGGGAGAGGGCAUACCUUAUCGCUGAGGAGGGACUGGGCGGAUUGAGGUGGCCUGAGGAUACAGAGGAGGAAGAGGCGGGUGUUAUGAAAAUGGAGGAGCUGAAAGUGGAUGAGAAGCCACGGACCUUGAUGGACGGAGAAGGUGGUGUGACAGAGAUGAUGGGCUCGCUAGAGUGCUCAGCCACGGAGAAGAGCGACGAGUCGUCUUCGCCCGGCACGACGGUCGUCGAGGAGCCCACAAAGAAGGCGGCAUCGGAAAGGCGUAUCACCGAAUACGUCCGGCAUACGAAUCGCUAUGCCUCUUUCCUGCUCGACCUCCCUCCACUACUAUCCCAGUCUGUACCCACAUGUCUCCUCCCCCUUCCUGAGCGGCUGAAGGCGUACCUGGAGCCGCUACUCUCGGCGCAUCCCUCCAUGCUCGCCCUCCCAUCCCAGAUCCAACCCCUCGCGGCCAUCACCCGGUUCUCGGCGCUCGAGGCUUCCAAAUCACGGACAGACGACAAGUGGAAGCGGUCCGACGUCGAGGCGGUACUCAAAAGCUUCAUCUGGUCGCUUUCUACCUGGAUCUGGGAGAAGCGGUCGCGUGUGAACGGCCGGCCAGAUCCAGAACUCACCUAUCCCGCUCUUACGAACCGGCAUUCCCAAAUCGUCGCGCAAUUGGGAGUGGUCAUGAUUGACUCGAUCAUGCUUGCCCAAUCGCUCCUCCUCGCUCCUUACACCGCUACCGAGCCGCCUUCGCCUGACGCAGCCGCCAAGCCGCCGGUGGUCGGUCGGAGGAUGCCGACUCUCACGCACCUCACCCCCUGGAUGUUCUUCUCGGGCGUGUCCCUUCAUACCCUGCUUUCGGGCUCAAGUCCUCCAGGAUGGGAGUGGUCAGAGAAGGACGAGGCGACAUAUAAGACCUGCCUGGAGGCAGUGAUGGAUGGUCUAGAUGGGGAUGUCGUCAAGGGCUGGCCGGGAGGGACUGGGAGUGGCGGUACGGGCAAUCUGCUGGUCUCACCCUCGAACAGCCCAGGGCGCGGGGAGGAGGAGGCACCGAGGUCCAAGGCGGGUGGGAAGCGGGGGAAACAGAAGAAGUUGACGUAUGAUGAGGCACGCGCGGGUCAGGCGCAGGCGGGGAUGGGACGGUUUGGGGUCUUGGGUGCAUCUCAGGCUUGA